UCCCGUGGGCCGGCCUCGCUGGCCGGCGUCCGUCGGAGGUCAGCGGCUGGCGUGGGCCGGAGGACGCGCGGUCCCCUGGGCCCGCCGCCAUGUGGAAGCUGAGCCGGAGCCGGGUGCUUCUGGACGAGCCCCCGGAGGAGGAGGACGGCGCGCGCGGGCCGCCGCCACCCGCGACCGCCGGCGCCCCGGUGCAGGUUCAGGGCGCAGGUUUCCGAGGCUGGAAGGAAGGAACUUCUCUGUUUAGUAAAGAGGACAAAGAACAUCUGCUCGAGAGAUGCAAAUCUCCCAAGUCCAAAGUAACUAACUUACGACUUAAAGAAGAGUUGAAGGCAGAGAAGAAAUCUGGAUUUUGGGACAGUUUGGUUUUAAAACAGAACAACCAGUCUCGAAAACCAGAUGAGAUAGAAGGCUGGGAACCCCCCCAACUCAGUUCUGAAGAUGUGGUGGCCCAUGUGGACGCGGCUCACCCUGACUUGGGGAGUAGCCACUCACCCUGGCCUGGCUGGGACGGUGACAGCAAGGGCUCUACCAAGUACACCAGCCUGUCCAGUUCAGCCAGCAGCUCCCGCUGGAGUCUCCGGUCGGCGGGGAAGUUGGUCAGCAUUCGGCGACACAGCAGGGGCCAGCUGACGGACGCGGUGGAGGAGGUGGAGUGAGCAGAGGAGCCCUGUUAUGCUUGUCUAGCCUUUAGUUUAGGGUUUGCUGGGCCUAACGACCCUCUGCUAGCACACCAUUAAGUCACCCAACCCUCCCUCAUUCUAGAAGUCCGUAGAGUGCCUGAGAGUCACGCUGGAAACCACAUGCGUGGUGGCUCCUGGUGGCGUUUGUUUGCCUUACCUUGGACAUGUCCAUAUCUGCUGAACCUGGACAUGAGCAUCUUUCAUGCUGUCCAGUGAUAGCGAAAUGACCUGAUGUCUCCACAGAGUGAAGCUGGCUUCGGUCACUGUCUUUCAUGACCUGUCGCCUUCCCCCUGAAUGUGACAGAUGCUGCUCGACUUGAAAAUGUGGCAGCGGGGGCUCCUUCUCCUGCUGUCAGAGCACCAGGUGCAUCUUCCUAAGCCACAUGACUCUGUGUAACCCAGAAGUUAAGCUUUUCCUAUUAAAGAGCAUGUGAACAGAUUACACGCUGGGCAGCCCAGGCUGCGUGCAGUAGGAUGGCAGGCCUGGUACUGCCUCCCGAGCGCCCCGUAGAAGAAGGUUCUGGGGGGUUAGUUCUUCUCUUGAACUUUUAAACACUGACCUGUAUUGUCUCCAAAAAAAUCUGCUGUCUUAUUUCAGUUUAGAUAUUAUAAAGAAAUGCUAUCAAGUGCGGGUGACCGUUACUUGAUAAUUUAAAAAAUUCUUAGAAACCACUAGCUUAUUCAUCACGGAGUUAAAACAUGUAACGUACUGAAGUGCCUCUUGUUCCCAGGUUUAGUUUGCUGAGUGAAGGACCAUCUUGGGACUGACGUUCCGUGGGUCAGUAGGAAGUCCUUUCUCUCCCACAGGCAGGGAUCAUGGCCUCUACUGUCUCUUGCUCUGCCUGUUUCUCUAGAAACAUUCUUGGCUCUGUGAUGCCAUGUGUCAGGGUGCUGCUUAGCAGCAGUUGGUGCAAAUAUUUCUUAGGUGAGAGUGGCCUGACAGAAGAGGUUUAUUGGUUUUGUUUUGUUUAAAGACAAAAGCCUCCGAUUACGCUGUGCAUUUCCUCUCCCAGGGGAACUAGAAGCAACGCUCUCCUGCCCUUGGUUCCCCCAGUGUGUCCACUGUGCCCUUCGACCCUGUCUGUGGUUCCACUGGGUGUACAACAUGCAAUGUAGUGGAUUAAGGCGCAUCUUCAAUAGAAUGGACAGAGUCAUCUGUCAUCUGUAGCUACCUACGGCUAUAGAUGUUUAUCCACCUGUUUAUCCAUCCACCCAUCCACCUCUCCCUCUGUCCUUCUACCUGACCUUCAAUGCAUCCACUGUCUUUUUAAAAUAGAGGAGUUCAUUUACUGAGUCUUCAGAGGGGGACAUGCUUUAAAUGGUGUUCAAAUAAAAAUUUUUUAAAAUCA